GCCCCGCGAGCGCGCUGAAGCAGCAGCGCUUCUUUCUACAGGCCUACUCCUUUCGCCGGAGUAUGAAGUCUACGGACAGCAGGAGGCCUUCCAGCGGCAAGACGCACGGCAAGAAUCCUCUCCCCGCAUCGCACUCGAAGGCGAGUGGCAGCCCUAAGGCGUCGAAGGCUUCGAGCGCCGUACAGAGUAGCGGUGCUGCGUCUAAGCCCGGUGUUGGGGCUAACGGCACCAAGAAGCCGCAUCAGCUCGCGUCCCUACCUAAGGCGAGUAGCAGCGCUAAGUCCUCGAAGGGACGCAGUUCCGUACAGGGUAGUGACGUUGCAUCGAAGGCCGAUCCGAAAGAGGACGGCACCGGGAAGCGGCCGCUCGUCGCUGAACCGAGCACUGCACGCCGGCCUUCGGGCGGUGCCGUCAAGAAAGGUGGUGCGACAGCGACCGACGUGAAGGCAGACAGGGCAGACAAAACUCUCACUAGCCGCGAUCCGAGUAAAUCGGGUCGGCCAAAGGAGCCUAAGGACGACGGUUCAAAGGCCGUCCCGGAAGAUGACGACGACAGCCGGUUUGAAAGCGCUCAAAGUACUCUUUCUUUGGCAGCACAUAUCGAAACCAAGGAUAAAAGAAAGAAGCAAGCACCACCCUCGCAGGAAAGCGUGACAAAGGAAAAAGACAAAGGCGGGGCUAAAGAAAAGCAGACAACCUCCCCCGCGACGUCGUUGCCAGCACCAGAGGCAAAUAACCAGGAAAAGACGCCUGCAGCGGUGAACGGUGAAGCGGACGCGAAGGCGCCCAAGACGAUGGAGAAGAAGCACUCCAUAACCUACAACAUGAUCACCGCGAAGAGCCACGAGGGCAAAAAGCAGCGCAAGAAACGUGGCCAUUCCAGAGGGAACAAAGCGGUGCAGACGAACCCAGAAGAAGCGCAGACGGCACCGGCCGGGCCGCCCAUACACCUCCUGUUCUCGCCGUCAUCAUGCAGUCUGUGCGACAGCAACGCUCCCCCAAGUUACUAUGGCGCGAUGCAGACUUUCCAAAUUGGCAAAUAUGGCGCUGUGACGCCGGCUCAACAGCGCUCGCGUGGAGUCGUCAAGAAGACGACGACGACGACGACGACUACGCGACGUGUUCAAGAGAGCGACAGGACACCGCGUUCUAGGCAGCUCGUCGAGGAGACCACGACAGAAGAAGUGCAGGAGGCCGCAGAUGAUCGAAGUGAUGCCGGUGGAAGCAAGGAUUCGACAUCGGUGGCCGGUAACGUUACCAGCGGAGGAGCCGUUAAGAAUACUGUGACCACAACGCGCCGUCUGAAAAAUCGCGACAAGCAUGGGAGGAACUCCUCCGACGACAAGGACCCGCGACCUCAGGACGACGUCAUCGAGACGGUGAUCAGGGAAGUUGUCGAAGUGGAAUCUGAAUCGGCGCCCGUCAUCGUCGGACUAGCGCGCGACGCCUCGGCCACCCAGUACCGCUACGUGGAGUCCAGGCGUCCCGCGUCUUCCCCGUACCGAGCACGCCACGGGGUCGAUGCAGUCUACCAGCGCAUGCAGCUUCGGCCACCUGGCUUCUGGGCACACCAACCUUACUGGCGUGCACUAGCUCCAUACGCUCGACCCUGUCGGCACGGAGCUGUGCAGCACAUUCCUGGUUGUCGCCUCGCCGCCUUCUCGCGGAGGGCCCUUUCGUGCUGGGGGCCUCGCCAUCUCUGCGGGGGACACCACGGCGGCCCCUUGUGUCAACGACCGCCCACUCCGGCGCCGUUGGCUUCGGCAAACACCGGCUGGGGCGCGUCUCCUUCCUUGCCGGACGGCGGUGCCCGUGGUCGCAGUCUCGGCUAUUCGAGCGACGCGAGCGAGGGCACCUACGACGUGAUCUACGACGCGGUGCCGGACUUGGCCGCCGCGAGCGCCGGCGUUCGGCGCGACGACCGUCGGCGACCGGACGAGUUCAUCUGGGAGACGCCGCCUCGGGAAGAGUUCGUCUACUACAGCUGCGCCAACGUCGUGGCUGGACCUGCACCACCCGCUGCCGACGGGGAGCGCGGUCCAACCGACGACGACGUCGACAGCGACGGCCACAACCGAGACCGCGUCGACGCUAGGGCCGCGCGAGCCGCCACUGACCUCAGCAUGGCCGCUGGGCGCCAGGUUAUUCCGAAGUCCAUUGACCGAGGUAGGAGGAGUUCACUGAAGAAUCGGGAGAUACACCCAGGACAACAACGACAACCUUUGCCAGACCGCUCGCCAGCAUUGAACACGGUAGAUGAAGCGACGAACACGGCCCCGGAUGCAGCUGCAGCUAAGGCAUCCGAGCGCAAUACCGUGUCAUGGUCAACGCGUCGUCUUGCCUCCCCGCAAAGACGCCUUGCCAUGAUUGACCGAGACGGCUCCGAACAAGAUAACAGCGAAGAAAUUCGGAACGAGGAAAGGUUGCUGCCUCGCGAUGAUAUCACAGGUGCGGGAGAAAUUGCCGAUGAUCUGAGACUGGCCGAAAGCGCCAAACUUAAAACUCGCAAGAAGGGUGGCCGUCUGUCAAACACCGUAAUAAAAGACCUGAUAUUCAGCAUCAGCCCGAGAAUGGCGACCGGCGGACGCUUGAAGGCGCCACCUGUCGGUGUGCCACCGUGCGUAGGCGAGGGAGCGGAUUCGACUACGCAUUCUUCGAGCCAUUUCGCGAAGGACUGCCAAAGGGCCACGCAACAACCUACGGUCGUCAAACCCAGCCCAGUGACCCUUCUGUACCGGGCACUCAGCACUGACCCGUGGUCCGCUUCUAUUCCGUGCUCUACUGAAAACGCGGUCUGGCCACCUCCAUGGAGCGGAACUUUCACGAGGCUCUCCUCGGCAGACGGCUCCGAUCGGAUGGUAAACAAUAGCAAAUUUGCUGCCGAUGCUUUAGCUGCACAAAGCCACCUUCUUCGUCUGGAAUCUACAGGUACGGGAUACAAGUAUGGAGCUGCAUGCUCACGUCAGUGUCGCGAACCAGCGAAGACAAUGACCGAGGCGCCGGGGUCGACCAGCAAGAGAUAUGCUAAUUCCGAAGCAACGCGUCUCAAUCGCAAUGCUUCCAACGCCGCUAAUGCAGAGCAAGCAAGUGGACUGCUCCAACGUGCGCUCCUGCAAACUGGUGAGGACCCAAAAAAAUGAAGCCGGAUUCCCGAGACCUACCGCCUCCGGAAACGAUAGUUUCUUGCGAGGUGAGGGGGGAAUAUUAAAAAAACACGCCAAAGAGGAUAACUUUUAUUUAGUUUCCGCUUCAGACUCUCGGUACCAAAAUAGGUCUCGCGCGCAACGCAUGUUGCAAACAGACGAGACGCCGACCGCACACAGAAUCGACGCUUGGCGUGAAAAGAAGACAGAUAUUGGCGUGAUCAUGGGUGCCCCCAAAAGUGACAUCAAAAUCACGGGGAGCACAAAAACGUUAUCGUCCUGGUCGCCUAUAGAAGAUCACAUACUAUGUCGUCCAUACGGGCGCUGCAGUCCUGCUGGUGCCACUUCGCAAAGCAGUGCGUGUGGAUAUGGGUUAGUAGCUGCAAGCAGUCAUCAGAUCCACGACACGACGAUAUCAACGCGGGCACUAAACGCUGACGUAGGGUCGUCCCUACACCUAAAGGGGCAGCCCGCCGAUAACAUCACACCUUCGUUCACCCGCGAGAACGCAUAUUUAAGACGGACAUCACUGCGUGCUAAGAACCACACUGUCCUGUAUCGACCCUCCCAUUCGAAAGAACCGCCGCAAAUGCGAAGCGAAACAAACCAUUUUCGGACUGUAACAGCUGGCUUGGAUCCGUCGACUGUGCUUUGUGAAGUGCCGAAAAACAAAGUCAAGUCAUCGCAUGGUGGAUUACAGCAGUUGGUGUUGCGUGUGCACGAAAUGCAAGCAAGACAGACUCCGUCCCAGGCAGUUAAGGGCGUUGAAUUCACCUCUUUGUGUAAGCCCUCGCAUUCUGGAAAGCCUUCAUACGGGCCAUAUAAUCUUCCACGUAUAAUGACAGCUACAACGAUGAAGGGUUCCACGAUUGUACUGGAUCAGAUUGCUUAUAAGAGGGACGACGCAUCGCACGGUAUUCAGAGUUUUGACGAUGGGCUCAAGCCAGAUGUUCCUCUAUGUGUGCGGGUCUCAGCGUCUCGGGACGAGGGAGCUCGUAGAGGAAGUUUAUGCGAGCAGCCUACGAGAGAUGGAGCGUGGCGUCCGGUACCACGUCCGCGUACAAUCUACAUUUCGAAGAAGGAACGUAAUACGACAGAGGACCAGCCGUCACGCGUUGCGGUUUCUUGCCCCCGAAAGUUGCCUGAAGAAGGAGCAGAGGGUGAGCCGGUCAACACGAGAAGUGAGCAACCCAAAAAUGAAUGUGCCAAUCCGAGUAAAGAUCGUGUAAAACAUAAAACGGCGCCGAAUAAAACUCCGGCUGCUACUGGGGAACGGAGGGGAGCCGAAGACAUUGCAGAGGAGCACUGUUCGCUUGCUCAGCAAGCAACGCGGGCCAGUGAAACAACCGUGCUGAAAACGCCCGUUGUUGAAAACAAUGCUGACAGCAUAGAAGCCGAUAAAAUUGAUAUUUAUUCAAUGCUCCUCGAAAUAAAAUGUGAUAGGAGCGCUACAUAUGAUAUUCCGACAUUACUAUCAGCGAGCUUAACGAAGGAAGCUGAAAAGACAGAAAUAUUUUAUAAUGAAGAUCACUGUGAUGAAUCUGCCGCUAUUAUUGCGAGAAAAGAUGAGCUUGUCUUUCGAGAGACUGCUCCUCCUAAUUAUUUGGCGGUCAGCGAACGGCAGCACGCGUGCAGCGAAGCUGCGAAACCAAUGCGCAACUAUGAACUGCUGGGCGGAAAGACAGUCGAAUUGAACGGAGAUUGUGCUUCCGUAGUAGAAGAUUCGCCGUUGCCUUACGCGACAUCGAGAAUUGCAGGAAAGCCGGAGAGGUUGCUGUAUACCGAAAUCGUGGUGGCCACGGUCGUAUCGCUAACUUGCCUUGUGUGGAUUGCAGCAGUGUUUCCUGCGCGCCGACUUGAGCUCACACGCAUACUGCAUAUAAAGACUGGGAACGCUACAGAGGCGUCGUUCAUAGGUCUAACGUUCCAGACGUUUUGGUACUCAACGGUGAGCGAAAUAACUACGACGUCGACUAGCAAAGCUUCAUCCAGAUCUUACUAUUGCUCCUCUCAUUUCUGUUUAAAAGAAGCCGCGUACGUGAAGUCUGUGAUAAGAAAAGAUGCGUCACCGUGCGACAACUUUUACCAAUAUGCGUGUAGCAAGUGGGAAAGUAGAACGCCGUUGUCUGCCAUGGGAUUAGGGGUAUCGACGUCCGUGGAUACAGUGAUAGACGAAUACAUGUCCUCGGACCUCAGAGACUACAUUCUCCGAAAGAAAACCGGCGCAGCGAAUUCAGCUAGGUUCCUCUACAAGGCGUGUAUGUCAUCCCACCGCCAUACUUCUGCUUUUCUCAAGUCCAAAAUAUUUUCUGCGCUACCGGUAAAGACGUGGCCGUUUAACGGUACCAUAGAUCCACUCGAAAUAUGGCGGACAGCUGGCAUCAUGGCGCGAAAAUACGGUGUUCCGGCACUUUUAAAUGUUGUCGUAGGCAUUGAAAGAGCUACAAACAAUAACAUCGUGGAAGUUACAUUGCCUAGGCCUUUAUUCUUCAACGGUGACGAGUCGCGCCCCAACGUAAAACAUAUGUUUAAGAAUGCGAUCCGCGAAGCAGCGACAGAGUUUAAUUAUGCAACCAUGGCGGCCAACUUGACAGCGCAGAUCAUGGAAGUAUUCAAAGGCAUCGCCAUGGUCAGUGACCAACCAGCGGCUUCGAGAACUUGUCGGGUGAGGAAACUCAAGCACAUAGACUACAGCGUGCGAACGUUUAUCACUGCCAUGUUCA